CCAGGGGAUCAGAGAAUGAGUUGGAGAGCGAAUUCGGGUUUGGGUGAUGGGUGGAACUACAACACGGAUCUCACCGGCGGCUACUACGACGCCGGCGACAACGUUAAAUUCGGGUUUCCCAUGGCAUUCACGACGACAAUGCUGGCGUGGAGCGUGCUGGAAUUCGGGGACUUGAUGCCCCCUAACGAGCUUAGGAACGCACUCCUCGCAGUUCGUUGGGCUACUGAUUAUUUGCUCAAAACUGUUUCUCAGCCCAAUCGCAUUUUCGUUCAGGUGGGUGAUCCAAGUUCAGACCACGAUUGUUGGGAGAGGCCAGAGGACAUGGAUACAGCCAGGACUACGUAUGCUGUUGAUGCACCAAACGCCGCUUCCGAUGUCGCCGGUGAAACAGCCGCCGCACUAGCAGCCUCAUCCAUGGCAUUCCGGUCAUCGGACCCUGGUUAUUCAGAGACAUUGCUUCGAAAUGCAAUCACUGCUUUUCAAUUUGCAGAUAACUAUAGGGGUGCUUACAGUGACAAUAAUAAUGUCAAGUACGGUGCCUGCCCAUAUUAUUGUGACUUCGAUGGCUACCAGGAUGAGUUGUUAUGGGGAGCCGCAUGGCUAAGGAGGGCUACACAGGACGUCAAUUUCUUAAACUACAUUCAAAGCAAUGGCAAAACGCUUGGUGCUGACGACAACAUAAAUGAAUUUGGUUGGGACAACAAGCAUGCUGGCCUUAACGUACUUGUCUCCAAGGAAGUUAUAGAAGAAAACAUGUACUCUCUAGAGUCCUACAAGUCCUCAGCAGAGAGCUUCAUUUGCACACUCAUACCUGAAACACCAAGCUCACACAUAGAGUACACCCCUGGUGGACUAGUGUACAGACCCGGAGGUAGCAACUUGCAACAUGCAACUUCAAUCGCUUUCCUUGAGUUGGUUUAUGCCAAUUACCUAACACGCACGUCGCAAACCAUCAAUUGCGGAAACGUCUAUGUUAGUGCACAAACACUUCGCCAACAUGCUAAGAGGCAAGUUGAUUACAUUUUGGGUGAUAACCCAAUGGGUUUAUCCUACAUGGUUGGCUAUAGCAACUACUAUCCGCAGCGUAUUCAUCACCGUGGCUCUUCUUUACCCUCGAUCAAGGAUCAUCCCCAGUUCAUCGCAUGCAAAGAAGGGUCAAUCAACUACAACUCAACGAAUCCCAAUCCUAAUGUGCUUUUGGGAGCCAUUGUUGGAGGACCUGAUGAAAAUGAUGUUUAUGUGGAUGAUCGAGUUGAUUUUAGGAAAUCUGAGCCAACCACAUACAUUAACGCACCGUUUGUAGGGGUUUUAGCAUAUUUUGCUGCUAAUCCCUACUUUAAUUAA